GGGGACGCACCUCCGUUUAAUUUUGAACCACACUUCUUGGCGGGUGAGGACGUCGAUAGUCUCCUGGCUCUGUCAAAGUACUGAGUGAGAGGGAGAGAGAGUAACUGACGAACCGACGGGCCAGUUGUCUACGGGGAUUAGGAGGAUGGUAAUCAGGGUAUACAUCGCCUCUUCCUCCGGAUCUGUCUUGGUGAAGAAGACGCAGCAGGCGAUCGUGGGGUUCCUGGAGGCAAACCGAAUCUCGUUUGAGGAAGUGGACAUCACCAGCAUGGAGGACGAGAGGCAGUGGAUGUACCGGAACAUUCCGCAGGAGAAGCACCCAGAGAAGGGCAACCCACUGCCCCCACAGAUCUUUAACGGCCAGGAGUACUGUGGGGACUAUGAGGACUUCUUCCUGUCGAAGGAGAAUAACACUGUGUCUUCAUUCCUGGGUCUCAACUCCCAUCCCUCAGUAAAGGAUUCCGAAUCAUAAAAUUAUAUUGCAUCACUUCCUGUUUCGGGGAUCUCACCCAGACCACACUGAAGCCUUGCCAAAUGAUGAUGCUGUCCACGCACACACACAUACACACACUCACAAAAAAAAAAACACACACACACACUCAUACA